AUGAACCAACCUACUCCUCCCUCCAAUGUUGCUGGUCGAAGCCAAAGACAAGCCCAAAGCCCCUUCACGCUGGCAGCUAGUGGGAGGAUGACUGAGGAGAGGGUGAAUGAGUGCCACCUAACCGUGACCAAGUUCAUAGUGAAAGGCCUACACCCCUAUGCAACAGUGGCUUUAGAAAAGGCCGGUGUGAUCACCGAGCUGAAGGACGUGCCAAAGCUGGCAAUCACAUCAGACGGGUGGACCAGCCUCUGUCAGGAUCCCUAUCUCUCUGUUACAGUGCACUACACACGCCAGGGCAGAGACCAGAUGGACCUCUAUCUAACGAUAGAGAGAUUCAUGGAGCAGUAUCCAGUGAUCCAAGCAGAAGCCUUGGACCCACAACUGCGAAAAGCAAUGACCAAGGACAACCUGGAUCAUUUGAAGGACGAAGACUUCCAUAAGGCUGAGGAGUUUGUCCAGCUCGUGAGAAUCCUCUUUACAUCCACACUGUGUGUGUCAGAUGAGACCAGCCCGUCUAAUGUGUGGGACUGUAAGAAUCGCGGGGUGAAUGGGACACAGAGGGGUCAGAUUGUCUGGAGACUGGAGCCUGGUCCUUACUUCAUGGACGCUGAGACCAAGAUCUGCUUCAAGUACUACCACGGUGUCAGUGGAGCCCUGAGAGCAACCACCCCCUGCAUCACUGUGAAAAACCCUGGAGUCCUGGGAGAAGGUCAAAGUGAGGGGCAGUCAUCCACAGAUCAUCCUCGCAAACUAAUCAGCUUUACUUUAACAGAUAUGCGUGCGGUGGGGCUGAAGAAGGGAAUGUUCUUCAACCCGGAUCCCUACCUGAAGAUGUCCAUCCACCCUGGGAAGAGGAGCGGCUUCCCCACCUUCAGCCACCAUGGACAGGAGAGACGCUCCGCCAUCAUCGCCAACACCACCAACCCUAAGUGGCACGGAGAGAAAUACACUUUCGUAGCACUGAUGACAGAUAUUCUGAACAUCGAGGUGAAGGACAAGUUUGCCAAAAGUCGACCAAUCAUCAAGCGCUUCCUUGGUCAGCUGACCAUUCCUGUCCAGAGGCUGAUUGAGAAGAUACCUGGUGUCCAGCCUCUGAGCUUCUCUCUGUGUCGACGGUUGCCCACUGAGCAUGUGAGUGGCCAGAUGCAGUUCAAAGUGGAGCUGACAUCCACUGGACCUGACGGGGCCUCACUAGACUUUAUCAUCGGUGUGCCCAAUAAUGGGGCCCCAGGGACUCCGUCAGAUGACGAGGAUCUGCCGCAUCCACUCCCAGGGGUGGUCACUGGAGGCCCCUCCCCUACUGGCUCUCUGGGCUCACGGAGGUCCUGGGAAGGCGGGGCCACAGCUUAUCCAGUCCCAGACUACAGGGACUUCAGCGGUACAGAGGGCGGAACCACAGAGGGUGAAUCCUACUCUGGCCCUCAACGGCUGCAGAGGUCCCUAAGUGAAGGCCUGGAUGCCAUCGAGGCCCCCAAGGGUCCCGGAGAGAGGCCCCUAGGCGCUGCCUCCCCGAAGCUGCGGUCUAGCUUUCCCACUCACACACGUCUCAGUGCCAUGCUGCACAUUGACUCGGACGAAGAAGAGGAGCGCUCGGGGUCCACUGACAUCUACCCGGUGCCCGGGUCCCCCCUGCUGCUCAAUGGCGGCCAUGACGAAGAUCUCUUCCCAGAGCUACAACUGGACUCUGACACUGAGCAGCCUCAGCCCAGGGUGGAGGGUGAUGAACAGGAGGGGGUAAAGGGGGAAGAAUGUGCCACUGGUGGUGAAUCUUAUGUGGCCCCUGAGUUAGACCUGGCCCUCGACUUGGAAGACGCCUCUGAGCCUGAUGUUUUCUCAGAGGUGGAGGAAGUUCCUUUCUUCUCAGAGGUGCUGUCCCAGAGUCUUUUGACUGAGGUCCUGGAGGGGCCAGAAGAGCGCCAGGGGCCCGCUGACGACCCCUCGUCGGAGAUUGACUCAUGCUCCAUGGCAACAGCCCCACAGACAGUCUUCUCUUCCUCAGAGAGUUGCCCAAUCACGAUGUCCACAGCUCAGGAGGUGGAUGCAGGGGCAGAAACUGCCAUUGACCCAGGAGGAGAUACCAUCACCGACAACUCACCCACCAGUCAGCAUGUAGACGAUGAGGGAGAUGAGCAGACGCCAGCCAAUGAGGUUGAAGGAGAUGCUCCAUCAGCCAAUGAGCUCGAGCCAGGAGAGGAGAUAAGUGAGCUUAGGCGGAGCUUGCAGGCAUCUGGGGGGGGGUGUCCCAGGAUGAGGUGGAGGAGGAGCCAAGGCCAGCGGGAGAUGCAGGAUCUGUGGAUUCAGAUGCAGUUGCCACGGAGACGGAUGGAGAGGACGGUGCUCAAGUGAACGGUCACCCCGUUCACUCGCUCCCCACAGUGCGCCAUGACAUCCACCGAUACCAACGAGUGGACGAACCCUUACCUCCUAACUGGGAGGCGAGGAUCGAUAGUCACGGUCGUAUUUUCUUUGUGGAUCAUGUGAACCGGACCACCACGUGGCAGCGCCCCACCGGACCACCUGCCCCCCAGGGCCUGACCCGCUCCAACUCCAUCCAACAGAUGGAGCAGCUCAACCGCAGGUAUCAGAGCAUAAGGAGGACGAUGACGAGCGAGAGGUCCGAGGAGAACACAGUUGACCUCCCGCCAGAGCUCACAGAGAGUGACCUUCUACCCCAGACC